GAUGGCGGCGGUAGCAGCAGUGGCUGCGGCGGGUCCGGGCCCAUGAGGCGGCGGCGGCGGCGGGACGGAUUUUACCCAGCGCCAGACUUCAGAGACGGGGAAGCUGAGGCCAUGGCAGGAGUUUUUGACAUCGACCUGGACCAGCCGGAGGACGCAGGCUCUGAGGAUGAGCUGGAGGAAGGGGGUCAAUUAAGUGAAAGCAUGGACCAUGGAGGAGUUGGACCAUAUGAAAUUGGCAUGGAACAUUGUGAAAAAUUUGAAAUCUCAGAAACCAGUGUGAACAAAGGGCCAGAAAAAAUAAGACCAGAAUGUUUUGAGCUACUUCGAGUACUUGGUAAAGGAGGCUAUGGAAAGGUUUUCCAAGUACGAAAAGUAACAGGAGCAAAUACUGGGAAAAUAUUUGCCAUGAAGGUGCUUAAAAAGGCUAUGAUAGUAAGAAAUGCAAAAGAUACAGCUCAUACAAAAGCAGAACGAAACAUCCUAGAGGAAGUAAAACAUCCCUUCAUUGUGGACCUAAUUUAUGCCUUUCAGACUGGUGGAAAACUCUACCUCAUUCUGGAGUAUCUCAGUGGAGGAGAAUUGUUUAUGCAGUUAGAAAGAGAGGGAAUAUUUAUGGAAGAUACAGCGUGCUUUUACUUGGCAGAAAUCUCCAUGGCUUUGGGGCAUUUACAUCAAAAAGGGAUCAUCUACAGAGACCUGAAGCCGGAAAAUAUCAUGCUUAAUCACCAAGGUCAUGUGAAAUUGACAGACUUUGGACUAUGCAAAGAAUCUAUUCAUGAUGGAACAGUUACACACACGUUCUGUGGAACAAUAGAAUACAUGGCCCCUGAAAUCUUGAUGAGAAGUGGCCAUAAUCGUGCUGUGGACUGGUGGAGUUUGGGGGCAUUAAUGUAUGACAUGCUGACUGGAGCACCCCCAUUUACUGGGGAGAACAGAAAGAAGACAAUUGACAAAAUCCUCAAAUGUAAACUUAAUUUGCCUCCCUACCUCACACAAGAAGCCAGAGAUCUGCUUAAAAAGCUGCUAAAAAGAAAUGCUGCUUCACGUCUUGGAGCUGGUCCUGGGGAUGCUGGAGAAGUUCAGGCUCAUCCUUUCUUCAGACACAUUAACUGGGAAGAACUUCUGGCUCGGAAGGUGGAGCCCCCUUUUAAACCUCUUUUGCAAUCUGAAGAGGAUGUGAGCCAGUUCGAUUCAAAGUUUACACGGCAGACACCUGUUGACAGCCCAGAUGAUUCAACUCUCAGCGAAAGUGCCAACCAGGUUUUUCUGGGUUUUACAUAUGUGGCUCCAUCUGUACUUGAAAGUGUGAAAGAGAAAUUUUCAUUUGAACCAAAAAUCCGAUCACCUCGAAGAUUCAUUGGCAGUCCUCGGACACCUGUCAGCCCAGUCAAAUUUUCUCCUGGGGAUUUCUGGGGAAGAGGUGCUUCAGCCAGUGCAGCAACUACUCAGACACCUGUGGAUUAUCCCAUGGAGACAAGUGGAAUAGAACAAAUGGAUGUGACGGUGAGUGGAGAGGCAUCAGCACCACUUCCAAUCCGACAGCCUAACUCUGGGCCAUACAAAAAACAAGCUUUUCCCAUGAUUUCCAAACGGCCAGAACACUUGCGUAUGAAUCUAUGACAGCAAUUUUCAACAAAUUUCAGGCAAAAAACAAUGGGACGUGAACAUCCUACAAGCUGAAAUACAUUGAGGGCUCUAAGAGUGCCAGCCUCAGAGGGCCAGUGUCAUAUUGCACAGGACAGUUUGGAAAGAGGAAAAACAAAACAUGGUUGUUUCUUUCUUUCUUUCUUUUUUUUUUUAAAUCAAUCAAUGGUGCAAAAAGACUUCAAGAAUAAUAGUAUUGCCGAACUUUAGGCACAUCAGUUAACUGAUUCCCAGUGACAUCUUCUGACCUUAUUAAGGAUUUUCAUGUUGAUGGCUCGAAACUGACAGUAUUAAGGGUAGGAUGCCUCAGAAUCACUGUUGUUGUGAUUGUGUCAAGAAAGGUUAACUCUUUCAUUGGGCAAAAAAGUAUGAAAUGCCUAUACUUGCAAUUGAGGACAAGUUAGCAUGCAAGCUUGGUCAAACUUUUUUCCAGCAGCGUGGAAUCAAAGAUAAAGAGAUACAACUUAACAAUUGAUGUUUUAUGUGCAAAAACUUAAUGAAUCUUUUUUUUAUAUAAAUAUAUAUUUUUCAAAUAGAUUUUUGAUUCAGCUCAUUAUGGAAAACAUCCCAAACUUUAAAAUGCAAAAUGAUUGGUUGGUGUGAAGAAAGCCAGAUGACUUCUGUUUCUUCUUUUGGUGAAAUAAUAAAAUGGCAAAUGAAUCAUUGUUAACUAUAGCUUUGGCUUGUUGGAGGGAUUGGGGGUGAACUUAAGUUUUCCUUAGGAUACUACCUGUAAUUCUAGGAGAAAUGGAUCCAUGCAGUGCUGCUGUGUUCUAAGCUUAACUGGAAGCCAUGGGAUAGACAUAAAACUCAGUGUCCUGUAUUUCAUCCUUAUCCUGGGCCUGCAUUUCACUGGAAAAAAAAAAUCACCACCUAGUCUUUUACCAAUAUUUGGUUCAAAACACUAAUUGUGGUCAGUCUGUGGUGCCCUAAAGAGAUUCUGGAUAAAAGAUAUGGGGCAGGCAGAGUCAGGGAAGACAGGACUGGGAAUACUUAAGGGAAAGAGUCUGCUCUCCAGGUUUUAGAUAAUCUCAUUACAGCUAACUGGUAAGAUCUUAAAUUUUUAUUUCUUUUACUGUGUAUGGUGUUUACCCUCCAUUUCCAUUUUUCCUCAACAGUUUAAAAAAUGGUGGGAAAAAGUACACUUUUUUCCUAUGUUGGGGCUUAAGCAUUUUCUGAUUGUAAAAGUAUUAGAUGGCCUUUUUGAUGAAUGUCUUCCACAGUAAAGAGACCUUAGUGGCUUAAUUUAAGAAAACAUGUUACAAAGACACUGGUUUUUUAAAUUGUCAUAAAUUCUGUACUUAUAGGUACAAAGAAUAAAAAUAAAGGUAAU